AUGCACCCAAGCAUUGCUGGAAGCGAGGGAAGCAUGUUGGUACAACAACGAACAGUCUUCACGACAGCGGAUUCGGUUCAGAAACCAUCGAAAACCACCUCCGAUGAUCAGAAUUUCGCCAUGUUAUCCUGUAAUGACCAACACAAGCGAGCAACUUCCCUUGACGAUGACUAUGGUUUUACUACAAUUCUAGGCGGUAGGAAGUCAACGCCAAGAGCCAGCGCAGUGGUUGGAGCGCAUUCAAGUCCUAGUGAACCGAAACAAACUUACAAUCGCUUCUCUGUACUCAUGGAUCCGUGGCUGAGCAAAAAUCGUGAAGACAACGAUGAUUCCAUCUCUGACGAUACUUCCACAACAACUAUGGACACCACCGGAACGACGUCUACCAUUGCUGAGGACAGUACUACUCCGCCGCGAAAGAAUUCUCGUGCCGUUUCAAGUACUAAUAAGUCAGUAAGCACUUCCUUGCAGUCUGGAAGAAGCAAGAACCACAACCCGCCGCCACCAGCCGAAAUCCAUCCACUCCCACUCCCACCGGUCCUGUCAAAUCACAAGCAAACAACCCCAAUUGUUUGGGAUACGGGAAAACUCACUGGACAGACAACGUUUACAAAGACGAAGCAACGACAAAGGAAGAUGAAAAAUCGAUCGGCAACAACUAUAAAUCCCUCCCUCAAUAUUGCCAAUGAGACGACAUGGCCGGCCUUGCAUAAUUCCUCGAAGAACAACUGUAAACAGACUAGCAGGACAACAACACACCAUGCGUGGUUACCAAUGGAGCUGUCCUCUACUCUCAAGUGUGCUACUCCCGGCGAUGCCGAUGUGCUCACAAUGUCCAAUCGACCUACGAUGACAGCCAAAAAGAAAAAGAAAUUCCCUCUCAAACCGGCAAUCGCUGCAGCAAUCAAUCUUGAUACUAAGAGACACAGCACAGCUCACGAACUCAAACCAGCACCAGAACUAGAUUCAAACGGCAAUCAUGCAAUGCGUCUCGAAAGUCUUGUAUCCGAGCGAAGCGAAGCAAUGGAUGCCCGUGCAAAUUUCGAGGAAGAUGCCGUGACCAUGCGCAGACCUUCGAAGAAGAAGAUAUUCCACGGACUGAGUUAA